AAUUGUGGGUUCUAGUAGAGAACAUAUGUAUUUUAAAUCGAGUGAAAUUCAAAGAAAACAUGAAGACAUUUCUUAUGUUUUUUACCGGUAUUGUCAUUACUGUGGCUUCUCCUGAAACUGAAAAAAAAAUAUUCUGCACUCAUGGAAAAUGGUCACACUACCGCAGUGGCAACGGACAAUUCGGGAUUGACCAAAUUGACCCUUCACUCUGCACUCACUUGAUUUAUACUUUCUUCGGGAUCAAUACAGAUGCAGAAAUUGUAAUAAGAGACACUUGGUUAGAUCUAGAGGAUAAUUAUGGUCUCGGGAAUUUGAAAAAGCUCAGUAAGUUGAAAGAAAUCAAUCCUAAUCUUAAAACAUUGGCUGCCAUCGGUGGUUGGUCUGAGGGAACAGAAGCGUUUUCUAAAGUAGCCAAUGAUCCAGUGAAGAGAGGAAUCUUUGUGAAAAAUUGUAUGGAUUUUGUGGAGAAAUAUGAUUUCGACGGAUUGGACCUCGAUUGGGAGUACCCAGGUCAACGUGACGGCAACAAAACCACAGAUAAAGAAGCCUUCACACUCCUCGUGAAGGAGUUGGCCACCGCUCUACACUCUAAGAAGUUGCUUCUGACAGCCUUGGUUGCUCCUGAGCGAUAUAGUUUCAAUGUAGCCUAUGAUAUACCACAAAUAAGCAAGCAUCUGGACUUCAUGAAACUCAAAACCUAUGAUAUGCAUGGAUCUUGGGGUUCAAAAAUAGGCAACAACUCACCACUGUAUGCCAAAGCUGCAGAGAACAAUAUGGAAAAACUCAUGAACAUGCAUACAGGAGUUUUUGACUGGAUAAACAGUGGUGCACCCGCAGAGAAGCUCAUUGUGGGAGUUUCCACUUAUGGUCGAGGUUUCAAAAUGAUCUCACGGGAUAAAAAUACUCCAUUAUCACCUCAUGGUGGCGCAUCCGAAGCAGGUCCGUAUACGAGCGAUCCUGGAAUGUUGGGCUACAAUGAACUCUGCGAGAAGCGCUUAACAGAAGCGUGGAAAGAUCACUGGGAUGAAGAGCAGAUGGUCCCCUACACCACUAGAGGCGAUCAAUGGAUCGGCUAUGAGAAUGAAGAGAGUUUGAGGAUCAAGGCGAGAUAUAUUAGGAUGUAUAAAUUAGGAGGAAUUAUGGUAGCCAAUAUCGAAACAGAUGACUUCAAAGGGUUUUGUGGUAGAGGGAAAUUUCCUCUACUGAAUGAGGUUAAGAAGGCAUUGAAAGAAAAAAGUCCAUAUGCUCCGAGAGAAAGAAAAGUUUGUAUCAAUACAAUAAAAUUCUCAUAGAAUAUGAUAACUUUCCUUAUACAUACAUA